UCACUGUCGAAAUGGACCUGUUCUUGACUCAUAUUCUAUUCUCCACUCAUUCCCGCUUUCAUCCCAUCUCGUCCCCAACAUACUCAGUCAAUACUCCGCCAUCUCUCCCAUCUCUUCCUUCUCUCAUCUCUCCCAUCUUCCUCCUCUUCCCGCAAUCAAACCCACCAAACAACCAUUCCACUCCCCCAGCAUCCCCAGCACCAAUUGCAACCCCCGAUUCCUCAAACACAGCCCAACACUCCUUUACUACUUCUCUUCCCCACUUCCCUGUCCUCUCCCACGUCCUAGCAUCAUAUUUUCACACUCCGAAUAUUCAACACCUCCUUGGGUAUAUGUAUCGCAGUGGGCAAAAUUAAAGCAUGUUACGACGGG